UUUACAUCUAUGGAUUUUUUUUCUCUCAGAAGUAUGUUGUUAUUUUUUGAAUAUAGGUUAUGUUGAGCAAUUGGACAUGAAUAUAAGACCACAGACUGGUAAUUUGUCAGUUGUAUUAUAAUGGGCAAAGUAUUUUCAGUCAUACAGCGUAAAGUUAAUAGAUUUAACAUCGAGAGUAGGGCUCAGAAAAUAAUUUCAAAAGAGAAACAAACACCGGCACCGAAGCACCAGUCAACGUUAAAGGAAUUUGAAAAAAUUAAACAAGAACUUUCUGAAUUACCCAAGGCAGAGUUGGAGAAAGAUGUAGCCCUUGAUACCAAGCUAAAGGAAGUGUAUGUCGUAUCGACUGAUGGACAUGUGGAGAAGCCCGGGAGCGAGUCUCUGCGCCCUCUGCCCCAAGAGCGCCGCGCAGUCGAGGCCCCGGAGUUUGGCUUUCUGGAGCCGAGCAUCGUACCCCGUGGUCGCUGCACCCUGCAGCAGGCGCUAAGGUUCAUCAGCGACCAUCAGGAGGACCCAGUCAGAUGGAGGCACGAUGUCAUAGCCCAGGAGUAUAAGUUACAGCUGGAAACUGUAGAAAAAAUACUUCUGCAUUACAGAAUGUUUCAAGUUUAUAUCCCGAAAGAUAAGAAUGAGAAAAAAGAAUCUAUGUUUGUUUUGCCUCGAAUAAACAAAAAGCAGCUGGCUGCAGACCCAGAGGUGAAACUGAAGAGACCUGAAUCAUCUAUAGAGGACAAGUGAUGCAUUCGUUCCUAUUGAAUAGUCUUUGGUAAUGUAUAGUAGGCAUUGUUGUGUUGAAUAGCAAAAUUACCUACCACUGUAAUAGUAGCAUAACGUGUGAGAUUACGUGCUUCAUUUGCGGGAAAUAUGAGCACACAGUAUUAAAAACUUUUUUGUUAUAAUACUGUUGACUGCAGAUAUGUUUUUGCGUGUGAUAUAUUGCAGAUUUAUAAUUAAAGUUUAAUGAAAUGUGA